AUGGAUCUCCCACUUAAGAAUUGUGUCUGUAUCAACUUCAAAAGAAUCCCUCCGCUACUCAAGGUUUUGGUUUCAAAGGUUCCUGACAAAUCUCAAUUUCGCAAGAAACAUGGUUAUCUACUUGGUUUGGUCUCUGCAGGAUUUGAUGAGGAUAUGAUGAGAGUCAUGUUUCACUUCUUUGACCCUUUGCAUCAUUGCUUCACAUUUCCCGAUUACCAAUUGGUGCCUACUUUGGAAGAAUUCUCUAGGAUACUUGGUAUACCCAUCUUGGAUCAGGUACCCUUCACUGGUUUGGAAGUUACUCCGAAGUCAGAAAGAAUUGCAGCAGCCCUACAAUUAAGAAAAUCUGACAUUACUUGGGUGAAGAGAAGUGGAGUUGAGGGGCUUCUUCCUGAAUCUCUAUAUAAGAAAGCUCAACUAUUCUUGGAUGCUAUGAGCUACCAUGCGUUUGAAGAAAUCUUAGCUCUUUUGAUUUAUGGUUUGGUGUUGUUCCCUAAUCCAGAUAAUUUCAUCGAUGUACGUGCAAUCAACAUCUUCCUGACUCGUAACCCGGUUCCCACUUUGCUUGGAGAUAUCCUACAUUCACUUCAUACUCGCACUACCAAGGAGCGAGGGACUCUCAUGUGUUGCAUACCUCUAUUAUCCAAAUGGUUUAUCUCACAUCUUCCUCAAACAGUUUUGAAACCAGAAUGGGGGUGUCCUUGGUCUAAAAGGAUGAUGUCACUGUCGAAUUCAGAUAUUCUUUGGGGUCCUCGAACUCGGGAAGGCAUUACUUAUAUAGAUCAUUAUGGACAAUUUCCAAAUGUCCCACUGCUUGGUAUUAGAGGUGGUAUCACUUAUAAUCCAUCCUUAGCUCUCCGUCAGUUUGGUUAUGCUCGAAAUGAUGGUCCUCAUGAUAAUUUGAUUAAGGGUAUUGUAUUCAACUAUGAAAAUGAUCCUCAAGAUAACCGUCAAAAGUUUAAGCAGGCAUGGAACAAGGUAUACAGAGUUAACACAGAGACUUGGGGACCAAAGAAGUACAUUCCCGGGGAGCUUUAUCUCAGAUGGGUACGGACUCGCGCUCAACGCCUCACUAUGCCAUAUCGUGCUGUUAGACCUGUGAUCAUCGAACCAGAAAAUGAAGAAGAUGUUCCUUUAGUUAUACUUCAUCCAGAUAUGCCUACUAAUCUCGAAGAACUGUAA